AUGCCUCCCAGUGGCUCCAGCAGUGGCCUGGGCCUAGGUCUGUCCGCCAGUGGCAGUGGACUUGCCGUGCCCACACCGAUUCGCCCCUGUAAGCGCUCCAUCAGCGACGACUCCACCGACGAUGAGAUGGACCACAAGAGUUUGCAGCUGGCAGACAGCAACAUGGAGGGCAACUGUCACCUGAUGAGUCGCAAGAAACGCCGCGGUCUGAUUGAGAAGCGUCGUCGAGACCGCAUCAACAACUCCCUCCACGAACUGAAACGCCUCGUUCCGGCAGCUUUUGAGAAACAAGGCUCUGCAAAGCUAGAGAAGGCAGAAAUUUUACAGCUCACCGUUGACCAUCUUCGCAUGCUGCAUUCUAAAGGCUUCGACGCCUUCUCCUUUGACCCGCACAAGUUCGCCACCGACUACCACCUGAUUGGCUUCCGAGAGGCGGCCACCGAGGUGGCGCGCUACCUGGCCGUCCACGAGGGCAUCGACUUCCAGGACCCACUUCGCCUGCGACUGAUGACCCACCUGCACACCUACUCCUCUCAGCGGGAGCUCAGUCUCAAGUCAUGCACCGGCUGGAAUCCCAGCCUCUUCACCACGCCUAUGUACCCGCCGCUGGCCACCGGAACUGGCGCCUCCACCUCGGGAGGCUCUGCCGCCUCCUCCUCUGGCACCUUAGUGCCCUCCUCCUCCACCACGCCGUCCACUGUGUCCGGCAGUGGCAGUGGUAGUCACCAGCAGCAACAACAGCAGCAGCAAUUGCAGUCUAGUCACAACUCCAGUGGUAAUGCAAGCGAUGCCUCCCAACUACUGCACAACUCCUCUUCGGGUAGUAGCUCACAGCAGCAGCAGCACUCGGCGUACAGCUCGGCCAGCUACAACAGCUCAACGGGCUACAGUUCACUGGACGGCAGCUCAAUGAUGGCCGGCAGCAGUGGCUCAUCGGGCUCCUCCGCUGGGUCUCAGCUGAACGGCAGUGGUCAGCAGGUAGUCAACGGUCUCUCUGCCAAGUCGCCCUCCGCCUUCACGGGCUACAGCUCCGGUUCGGGGGCGGUCUUGCCCAGCACUGCCUCCACUGCCCUUCCCUCGGCGGUGGCCUCCAGCUACGCCUCGUACGCUCCCUAUGCUGCGGCCGCCGCCGGAGCGCACUACUUUGCGCCCACUGCCAGCUACAUGCCGCCCAUGGUGCACUCACACGCCGCCGCCCACCAUCACCACCACGCUCACCACCACGCGCCCGGGGUGCCCGGAGGAGCCAACAAUGGCGCCCUCAAUGGCAGCGCAAAUGGCAGCUCUGCACAGAGCUCCGUCAAGCACUACCGACCUUGGGGCACUGAGCUCGCCUACUAA